AUGGCAAAUGGACCUCCAAGUGCCCACAGGCGAGCACUUAAUGAAAUAGGGGGCGUAGAGACAGACAAGUCUUCCCGCAAGCAGAGACAGGUGGAGAGGCUUUGUGGAGGUUCUACCUCCAAUCUGAAUAUGAACAUCUAUGCUACCAAGAAGUCAGCGGCGGAGGGCAUGUUGGACAUAGCAUUGUUCCUGGCUAACGUCACACACAUGAAGACUGUCAUCGAGCAAGGAGCUGGAUUCAGGUAUUACAUCGCUGUCCUCACCCUCAUCUCCUUCUCUCUGGCUCUCCAAAUAGUGGCUGGAGUCCUCAUCAUCGUCAUCGCCCGGCGGGACAUCAGUGAAGAGUCCAACCAGAAGCGUUUGGACAGCCUGAAUAACACCACAACUGUCAUCAUUUUCCUCAUCUUCAUCACCAACAUCUUCAUCACCGUCUUUGGCAUGGAGCGCACGGGCCUGUUUCCCAGGAUGCAUUUCUAA